UUGGAUCACCACGUUCCCUUGCCACGGACAGCCCCAGGGUCCAUUAUGCAGGUAGCUCCGGGGUCAGAACGGGACCUCGCCGCCUGUAACCACACGGGGAACCAGCCCCGGGACUGUCUCUCGACGAGUCCCAGCCAGAAUAGGAGCUUGCUUGCUGCUGCCAACCAAACCGAUUCCCUCGAUAGAGACGAAAACCUGGCCAAGACCGAGAUCUUGGUGUUGGGCGUCAUCUUCUUGGUGGCCGUCAUUGGGAACCUGGCCGUUCUUUUGGCUCUAUGCAAGACUAAGAGGAAGAUGUCUCGGAUGCACCUCUUCAUCAGGCACCUCAGCAUGGCCGACCUGGUGGUUGCCGUGUUGCAGGUGUUGCCCCAGUUCAUCUGGGACAUCACCUACAGGUUCAAAGGUCCCGAUUCCCUGUGCCGGAUAGUCAAGCAUCUCCAACUGUUCAGCAUGUACGCCUCCACUUACAUGACGGUCAUGAUGUCGGUAGACCGCUACAUCGCCAUCUGCCACCCUCUGAAGACCCUCCAAAAACCCACCAAGAGGUCCCAUCGGAUGAUCGUCGCCACUUGGCUGGGCAGUCUUCUCCUGAGCGUCCCGCAGUACUUCAUCUUCUCCGUCAACGAGGUCGAGAAGGGCUCUGGGGUCUACGACUGCUGGGCGAGAUUCGUCCCGCACUGGGGAGUUAAGACCUACAUCACCUGGAUCACCAUCGCCGUCUUCAUCAUCCCUGUCCUCGUCAUGGUGGCCUGCUAUUCCUGCAUUUGCUGCAGCAUCUUCAGAAAUAUCAAGUACAAGACCAAGAAAACCGAGGCUGGCACCUCAUUUGAGAAUGGCCAAAUCAGCAUCGGCGCGAAUAACAUGAAAACCAUCUCCAAAGCCAAGGUUCGUACGGUGAAAAUGACUUUGGUAAUUGUUGUGGUUUACAUGCUGUGCUGGGCGCCCUUCUUCACCGCCCAGAUGUGGUCGGUCUGGGACAACAACUCUCCGAAGGAUGAUUCUACAGACGCGCUAUUUACCCUCACCAUGCUACUUGCUAGUCUGAACAGCUGCUGUAAUCCGUGGAUCUACAUGUUCUUCAGUGGCCACCUCCUGAGCGACAUCAUACAUUCUUUUCCUUGUUGCUGUAAAGUCACCCAAAAGCUGGAGGAUUCGGAAGGCAGCAUUAAGCAGGACACCCUGCUGACCAAGAUAAAUAUUUGGAAAAUCAAGGAAUUGAAGGUAACGGGGAAAAGGCACGGAAGAGGAGUUGAGGCCAGCAUAGAUCAGCCAUGAUCAUAUUGAAUGGCGGGGCAGGCUUGAGGGUCCUAGUGGCCUACUCCUGAACUUAUUCUCUUGUGCUCUUGUGUUCUACUGCACUGAAUUAUAUUUCAUCCAGUGAUUGUUGACAUAAAGAAUCUAAGAACUCUGGUAUUUGGUUAUUUCAAUACACCUCUGCAUUCACAGACCUAUAAUAGUUUGGUUAAGUGACAGCAAAUGAGAAGAUAGAUAAAACAUGUAGAUGAAAUAUAUUAGAUCCAGCUGAUCAAACUUAAAUUAUAUAUGAUCUCGAGCUUACAUAAUCUCCAAUAAUGCCCGAUAUAAGCUUUAGGACCCUCAUUUGGCUAGGCAUGUUACAACCCUCAGGGCUUAAUAUUGAGUUUAAUAAUUUCAGGUAAGCGCCUUGUUUUUCCCCACAGAUGUAGCUGUGCCUUCCUGUUUCAAAUAGUUUCUAUAUCAUUUUGUUCCACAAACACUAAAGUAAUUGUUAGGUUGACAACUUUGGUCUGCACUCUGUUAGCAGGCCAUUCUCCCUGUUCUCUUCCCGCCUUCCCCCAUCUGCAGCUUAGAACAUGCUUGCUUCCUCACUUUUCCAGUUCUGAUGAAAUGUCCUUGACUUGAAACGUCCACUUUCUUUCUCUCCUUGAUCUGCGGAGUGCUUGCACCGUUCUUAUUUUCAAUAUUUGCAAGUUUUUUUUGCCCAAAAUCUUAAAUUAUAUAACUGUCAGAUCUCUCAACAAUGCUAUGACUGAGUAAAGAAGUAUGCUACACUUUAGUCAUUCAUAGCAUGCACACUAUCUAAACAUCUUUUUCUCCAGGACUUACCCCAUUCGCCGCCAUUUCUUCCUCCCACCCUCGCCUUCUCCUGAUUACAUGGACAAGGAAUGAGACCUCUUUAGCACCUAAUCCAAGUGUGAACCCAGAAAUGAUGGUUGACAGAUUAUUCCAUCUUGGGUUACUUAACUCCAUUUGUGACAAGAUCCAACUUUCCAUUUAGAAUCAUUAGACAUCGAGUCACUGGAUAAUGACUGGGAAGGGGAAUGCCAAUUGAUUACCUUCCUCCUAUCUCCAGAGUCUGAGAUCAUUUGUGUAGCUCUUAAGUUUACCCAGCUGCAACCAACUAAGUCAGGUCUGAUUUAGGAUUGAAACCAUGCACCAUUUGGAUUAGUAUCAAACAGCAUUGUGCAUCUUCUCUCACAUCUUAGGGCUGAUGUAGAGUGACAAUCAUAACUUUGCAUUCAAAUAAGUAUGACAGAUGUACGUCAAAUAAUGAAGUGUAUCAGUUUGUUGGUUCCUUCCUAAUUGUGAAUUAGUGAAUGUGUUAUAUAGUCCAUCGACUGCUCACAGUGAUUAGGGACCAUAAUGCAUAUUAGAGUUUAUAAAUAUUGCCUUAGUGCAUCAAGUAUCUAUUAUAUCUUUGUAUACUGUGUACAGUUUUGGUUUAUUGUGUACAGAUCUGGUCACCCUGUUAUAGGAAAGACGUCAUUAGGCUUGAAAGAGUGCAAAGAAGAUUUACGAGAAUGUUGCCAAGACUUGAGGGCCUGAGUCAUAGGGAGAGGCUGUGCAGUCUAGGUCUUUAUUCCUUGGAGUGUAGGAGACUGAGGAGUGACCUUAUAGAGAUGUAUAAAAUCAGGAGGGGCAUAGAUCGGGUGAAUGCACACAGUCUUUUUCCCCAGGGAAAGGGAACCUAAAACUAGAGGGCAUAGGUUUAAGGUGAGAGGGGAAAGAUUUAAAAGGGACCUGAGGGGCAACUUCUUCACACAGAGAGUGGUGCAGAUAUGGAACGAGUUGCCAGAGAAAGUAGUUGGGGCAGGUACAGUAACAACAUUUAAAAGACAUUUGGAUAUGUACGUGGAUAGGAAAGGUUCAGAGGGAUAUGGGCCAAAUGGAACUAUCUUUGGUGGCCACCUCGGUUGGCAUGGAUCAGUUGCGCCAAAGGGCCUGUUUCUAUGCUGUAUUACUCUAUGGCUUGAUAUGCCAUGGUUUAUGCAGAUAUGAUUUAGGAUUGAGCUUUCCGAAGGGAUCUUCUGCGUCGUGUCUUUCACGAGGUGGGCAUUUGUGACCUCUCAAGAACUCCAUUAAUCUUUCCCAUUAUCAGAAAAAAUGAAGUCACAUUGCUAGGGGUUAACCCAAUGAGCUCUGAAACAAAAUCCUCCAAGUCCUCACUGCAUUUAUAAGGGAAGUUUUAAAUUAGAUGUUUUUAUAAUGCUUAAUCCUGGUAAUGUUGAAUAUAAACAGAUAUUGAUGAUAAUCACCAUCGUGUUUAAGGUUGGUGUAGCUAUUGGAUAACCAGGUAGUAGUAUCUACGACUCCCUCUUAGAGAAGGUUUGAUCUGAACUAUGGCUACUAUCUCAGCAGCCUAUAAUACCAUCAUUCUGUUGUGAGACUUGGAUUAGUAAGUCUCUGCAAUAUUGUGUUGUCUUCAGUGAAAUCUAGAGAUGCCAUUGUAAAAUGGCAGAGAGAGAUUGAAGCAAAUUAAAUAAAUCUCAUUAAAAAUUUAAAUUAGAGAAAGGAAAUAUAAACCUUCAGUAAGACAAUGUUCCAGUCUUCAAGAUGAGGUGGUAAACCAGUUUGAGGUAUGAAAAGGAAGCCAAUGAGUCUAUUCCAAAGACACAGGUUUUAAGGAAAAAGUAAUUAAGAUCCUUACGAAUAGGGUGGGAGAAGAUUGUUGGGAGAGUUAGAAAUAACAAGUUCCAAAAGAUAAACUUCAUAUAAAAUUGUGAUUCCUCAAGAGUUACUGAUACAAAUAUGUAGUCUCACUGAAAGGUCCUGCUGGGAUUAAUAACAGAUGAGAAAAAAAAUCCCAAUUUAUUAGAGAUUAUGGUCCAGUUAAAAGGGAUGGUGGUACAAUGCUUUUUUUAAUAUUCAUUUAUGGGAUGAGCUGAGAGCUUUGCUUGCAAGGCCAGCAGUUAUUGUCCCUCUUAAGGUGCCGGUGAGCCACCUUUGACUGCUGCAUUCCUUCUUGUGAAGGCAUUCUCAUAGUGCUUCAGGGCAGUGAGUUCCAGGUUAGAGACCCAGUGACAAAGAAGAAACAACAAUAUAUUUCCAAGUCAACAUGCUGUGAGGGGGCCCUGCAGGUUAGUGUUCCCAUGUGCCCGCUGUGAUUGCUCUUGUUCGUGGUGGAAUACAAGGGUUUGGAAAGUGCAAUCGCAACAGGCUUGGUGAGCAACUGCGGCUCAUUUUGUAGCUGAACCACUACAAGUUCUGUACCAGUGGCAGAGAUAUUUAGGCUUGUGGAUGGGAUACCAGUCAAGUGAGUUGCUUUGGCCUACAUUGUGUGAAGCUUCUUGAGUGCGAUUGGAGGUAUCUGUAUCUAGACAAGUGGGGAAUAUUCCAUCAUAUCCUAAUGUAUGCCUUAUCCCUUAAUGGGGGGUGGGGUAUUUUGGGUUGCCAAAUGGAGACUGGAAGUCAUAAAUUGGGUGGGCUAUGGGUGUGUCCUCUUUGGUCAUUCAGAGCAAUGUUACUGUAGACCUGGGGAAGAGGUCCCUCAUCCUCUCACCCUGAGUAUGAUACAUGUGACAGACAUAUAAGAGAGAAAAAAAAGACAAUUUUUAAAAAUAACUUAAGAAAACCCAAAAGAAAAUGUGAGUUUUCAAUAAAUUAAUUUGCGUAGGAACCAGCUGGACCUCAGCGUCCUUAAAAUUAUCAGAAGGUUGUAGUCUACCUUCUCAAAUAAAGAAGGAAGAAGGGAUUGGCCACUUGAUCGUCUUGAAUCAUACAAUUUUAACAACCAUAUUCAAUUCUAAAAUGUAAUCCCUUUGUGGAAUAUAGACCCUUAAGACAUAUGUUUUGCCAAGUUAUUCUUUCCCUUCCUAUCUAUCCCACCCCCCCCAAACAACCCUGACAUUACACUUACAUAGGGGGGGGGAACAUACAUUCUGUCAA